GUGCAAUUCCGAAAUUUCGGAUCGAUAUUUCGUGUGAUUCGUACCAUGAAAAACGUUCAUUCCGAAAUCGUGCCCGAAAACGGAGAAUAUCGUUUCGAUCGUCCCAAAUCGUACCAUGAAGUAUCCGUUCGUACGUUAUUAUGACGUUUUGACAGCACGUUUAUCGUGAUUUAAAGUGCGAAGUAGACGAAACCUAAAUAGUUAACUUUUUACUUUCGUAAGUAUGGAUUUUACGUAUAUAAGUGCUGUAAUAUAUAAAAAAGUGAUUAAUUAAUAAUUCAGUUAAUGUGUUACAGUGAAUAAUGUGAUAAAAGUUAAACUAAUUAGUGUUUUUAAAUAUUAUUGUGUUCAAUAUAACCUACAACUUAGCAUUACUUUAUUUUGAUUUAGUUUCAUUAUGCCAAGAUUGGCUGGAAUUUUAGAAGCCCUCAAUGAAGAAGAAAUUGAAAGACGCAGGUUUAAAAGAAAAAUGCGUACUAGGUACCUCCAAAGAUCCAUUCCCGACUUCGAGUUUGUAUCUAAAUACAGACUCAGUCGGGAAGUCUUCGAGAAUCUUUGUCAGUAUGUGAUUCUCACUGCAUUAAAUUUUUAUGCCAGUGGUAGCUACCAGGGUGCAGUCGGACAAAAUUUAGACACCACUAUGGCUCAGCAGUCUGUCUCAAACUGCAUCAGGGAUGUAACAGAUGCCCUAAAUACACCCUAUAUACUAAGGAAAUAUAUAAGAUUUCCUCAGUCCAGGGAAGACAGGAACAUAUUGAAGAGAAAUUUUGCUACACAGUAUGGUAUACCUGGUGUUAUAGGAUGUAUCGACAGCACCCAUGUAGCUAUAAUUCGGCCAACAGUCAAUGAAGAGAGAUUUUUCAAUAGAAAACAUUACCACUCUUUAAAUGUUCAAGUUAUUGCUGACAGUAAUUUAAAAAUUAUGAAUAUUGACGCCUCUUAUGGUGGUGCCACUCAUGAUGCAUUCAUUUGGGAGCAUAACGAGAUCAAAGAUCAUUUGGAGAGUCUUCAAGGAGAAACAACUUAUUUGCUGGGUAUAUAAAGAUUAGAAGAGAGCCAUACGUUCUAUUUAUGGUAUGGGUUCGAGAUAGUCAUUAUAUCAAGGCUUUAAAGAAUCAAAUAUCCUCACCGUUGCCUCACAGUACAUUUAUGAAAUAUUAUGUAUACAAGGAAAAACUUAGAUAGUUUCAAGAAACUUAAAGACUGUACAAGUAGAAACUUAUGCAAUAAAAAUAUACUAAUUUUACCUAAAUGCUGUUAAAAUUGAUAUUAAACAAAUGUUAUGUAAAAAAGCCUAUUAUAGGAUAGAUGAAUUCAUAGAUGACAGCAAUAUAAUAAGUUUAUUUGAAUAAAUGAUUUUCUAUUCUAUUCUAUUAGAAGUUAAGGCAUUACUUAUUUACAAAAUUAAAAACUUUUUACAAUAAAAUAUUUUUAUUUUAUAAUCACAUAUAUGUAGGUAUAUAUAUAUAUAGAUAAAAGUAAAAUCAAAAUUGUAUAUUAAACAUUUUUUAAAAUAACACUAAUUAUAAAUGAUUAAACAUUCAUUCAGAAAAAUGUUGUAUAAGUAUAUGCAAACUAAGUAGUGUAGUUCAAGGCGCAUUAAAUUAAUGACCAGUAAAAAACUGUAGUUUAGUACUUUGUGUCUUUGUUAAUACUUAUAUAAAGCUAAGUAACAUUUUUAUACUCAUUAUUUAACAAAUCAACAAACUAACAUAAUUCAACAAAUCAACAAUGAUAUAUAUAAAGCUAAGUAACUUUUUUAUACUCAUUAUUUAACAAAUCAACAAACUAACAGAAUUCAACAAAUCAACAAUGAUAUAUCUAAAGCUAACUAACUUUUUUAUACUCAUUAUUUAACAAAUCAACAAACUAACGUAAUUCAACAAAUCAACAAUGAUAUAUCUAAAGCUAAGUAACUUUUUUUAUACUCAUUAUUUAACAAAUCAACAAACUAACACAAAUCUACAUUAAUCAUGUCAAAUUUAAAAAAAAAACAAAAUUUCAUCUAUUCAGUCGUCUUAAUUCUAUUUGUAGACCAUCCAAUCGAUCCCUUAUUAAUACAUUUAAUUCCUGGAGUGAUUGGCGAAUCAGCCCUGA